AUGUCACUACAUACGGUGGUAUUUUUCGCUAUCCUUGCCCUGACAUCGGCAGUGUGCCCGUUGGUGGAUAAGAAUUUGGAUGCUCUGUCCAUGGGACCGUCGGUCGAUGGGAAGUGUCCUAGCGGCUUGGUGUGUCUGAAUGAUGCGCGAUACGGAGACUUCUGUUAUCUGACCCAGUCUUUUGGACCAUGCGUCUCCGACGAAUGCCCUGCCCCCUACACUUGCAUCGUAGAGGUCGACCGGUGCUACGAUCUGUCGGGUGGCAACGAGUGCCAGGACAAAGAUCCGAACUGCGCACUGUACCUGCAGAAUGGCUACUGCCGCUCAAAACUCUACACGACAGCUGAGAAAAGCGAAUCGUGCUGUAAGACAUGCGGAUUUGACUCGGUCUGCCAGGAUGCUGACCCCAACUGCCCGCUCUACGAGAAUAACAGCAAGUACUGCAACAGCACCACCGCCAGCGAGGCCCAGAAAAUCAGCACGUGCAAGAAAACGUGCGGAGUCUGC